CACGAUUGUGGAAGGCAGAAAGCAAACUGCCAGAGGGAGCAAGCACCAAACUCAGAAGAAGAAAAGAAUCGCGCCGCUCUCGGCUACGCAACGAGGAAGAGGACAGCGAGUCGGCGGCGCCUCGGGUCAGCUCCUCCCUCUUUACCAGUCGGCGGAAAUCGCCGGCCCGCGCCCUGAUCUUUGCUCCGCCUUUGCAAUCCUCGGGCCUUUUCAAGCUGCUGAAAGGGCGUGAUGCCGAAGACGGUCCGCGACCGCUUGCUGGACACGCUGGAGAACUUGGACGAGGGCGAGCUGCGGAAGUUCAAGGCCAAACUGAACGAGAUCCCCGUCGAGGAGGACUACAACAACAUCCCCCGGGGGCUGCUGCAGAAGGCGGACGCCUUGGACCUGAGCGGCCUGCUGAUCGCCUUCUACACCGAGGAGUACGCGGUGCGGCUGACGGCCGAGGUGCUGGAAGCCGUCAACUGCAAGGACCAGGCGGCGAAGCUCUUUCGAGGCGAGCCCACCGGGAAGGGUGCUUGCAGUUCUGUUAAAAUCCCUGUGCCUUGCACCGACACCACCUCAGGAAGAAAUGGAACUCAGCCGGCAAGCCGAUCGGAUCUGCAUUUCAUUGAGAAACACCGGGAAGCUCUGAUCCAGAGGACGGCCACCGUGGAGGGAAUUCUGGACGUGCUGCAUGGAGAUGUCCUGGAUGAUGAGCAAUACCAAAAGAUCUCCGCAGGAAAAACCAACCAGGAAAAAAUGCGGGAGCUCUAUAAGCUGGUGCCGAGCUGGAACUGCCGUUGCAAGGAUAAGCUGUACGAAGCGCUGAAGCUCAAAAGCAAGUUCCUCAUUGCAGAUCUUGAAGGCCAGUGAGGCGACAAAGGUGCAGUACCGUUCUAGAGCACAGGAAAUCCAGCUCAAUACACACCAGCAGACUCCCGUGAAGCCAUGUAGUAUCUUCUGUUAAGCACUCAUUUUGCUGCAAGCAGAAAAACAAGGAAAUAUACUAUGGGGAAGGAAUUAUUCCACAGUGGGAAUAAUCCAAUGCACGCAGCAGCAUUUGAAUCAGAGACUCUAGAGCAAGAGUCGCCACCUGUCCAUUCUGAUGAAGGCCAAUCCUCUCUUCUCUCUGUGUUCGGCAUCAGCUUGGGUUUCCAAUGGAGUGCUCGUGGGCACUUCACACACACCCAUUGGCACCUGCCAAGGUCCCCUGCCCCUCCCAAUUUUUAUAUUGUUUUUAAAAAUUGAGGGUUGGGAGUUUGGGAAGUGGUUUCCUGCUUUUGAGUGGGGGUUGCUUCAGGUGUUUGGUCUAUUCUAAGUGGGUGGAUUCCGGACAUCGUCAGUUUUUCUUCUGUGAAAUGGGUAUUUUGUGGUGCUCAUGACAAUUUCUUAGAUUUCCAAAUGGGCCUCUGAGUCACAAAAGGUUGGGGACCCCUACUCUAGCAGAAUGUAUCUUCUGUUUGGGGACCAGACAGACAGAAGCCCAUGGUGUGGUUUUCAUAUUGUCUGGAUUCUAAACUUUCCACCCAGUAAGCUGGUUGCAAAUUGUCUAGUCCAUAGAAUUUCAGAAGAAAAUCACCAUGUGCUUUAUAGAUUACAGCAAAGCCUUUGACUGUGUAGAUCAUGAAAAACUAUGGGAUGCAUUCAAAGAAAUUGGGGUGCCACAGCAUCUGAUUGUCCUGAUGCGCAACCUAUACUCUGGACAAGAGGCUACUGUAAGGACAGAAUAUGGAGAAACUGAUUGGUUCCCCAUCGGAAAGGGUGUGGGCAAGUGUGUAUUCUGUCACCCUAUUUAUUUAAUCUAUACACAGAACAUAUAUGGAAAGCGGGAUUAGACCAAGAUGAAGGAGGUGUGAAAAUUGGAGGGAGAAAUAUCAAUUUAAGAUAUGCAGAUGAUACCAUACUACUAGCAGAAACCAGUUAAUGAUGUGAAACAAAUGCUAAUGAAAGUUAAAGAGGAAAGCACAAUAGCAGGACUACAGCUGAAUAUCAAGAAGCCCAAAGUAAUAACAGAAGAUUUAUGUAACUUUAAAUGUGACAACGAGGACAUUGAACUUGUCAAGAAUUAUCAAUACCUUGGCACAACACUUAACCAAAAUGGAGACAAUAGUCAAGAAAUCAGAAGAAGGCUAGGACUGGGGAGGGCAGCUAUGAGAGAACUAGAAAAGGUCCUCAAAUGCAAAGAUGUAUCACUGAACACUAAAGUCAGGAUCAUACAGACCAUGGUAUUCCCAAUCUCUAUGUAUGCAUGUGAAAGUUGGACAGUGAAAAAAGCAGGUAAGAGAAAAAUCAGUUCAUUUGAAAUGUGUUGGAGGAGAGCUUUGAGGAUACCAUGGACUGCAAAAAAACAAUAAUUGGGUAAUAGAACAAAUUAAACUAGAACUAUCAUUAGAAGCUAAAAUGAUGAAACUGAGGUUACCAUACUUUGGACACAUAAUGAGAAGACAUGAUUUACUAGAAAAGACAAUAAUUCUAGGAAAAACAGAAGGGAGUAGAAAAAGAGGAAGACCAAAUGAAAUAGAUUGAUUCCAUAAAGGAAGCCACAGACCUGAACUUACAAGAUCUGAGCAGGGUAGUUUAUAACAGAUGCUACUGGAGGUCACUGAUUCAUAGGGUCACCAUAAGUCAUAAUUGACUUGAAGGCAUAUAACAACAAUAUUAGUGAUAUUAUUUAUCAUUUAUAAAAGGCUUAAAAUUUACUAAGCAUGUAUACACAGAAGUCCCUGCCCACAGCCUUGCAAUUUAAAAGUCACAACACAGAAGGAAAAUGGGAUGGGGAGGGAAGAGCACCUUUAGGCACCAAUUCUUAGUCAUAUAGUUCUUAUGAUCAGCUUGAAUGGGAACACUUCAGGGAGGAGAGGAGCCAAAAGGCAACUGUUCUCUCAGCUGAGCCAGUGGAGAAGACUUAAUGUCCCACUUCUUCCUCUGCUGUAGCCAGGUGGCUACUAAGGGAUGGCACUGAUCUAAGUCUCUUUCUCUGCAACAGCCGUACAAUGGAGUGGAAAAUCAAAGUUUAUUUGACAGCAGACAAUGCGGCAUGGUGGACAUUUGCUCCUAGUCUUAUUUCACAGUAUUCCCAUAGUUGGCUUCCCAUUUCUUAAUCAGAGUGUCUUGUUAAAAUUCCUAAAAAAUGGCACAGAGGAGGUCUAUUUUUGCUUAACGAGGGAGUUGCACAUUUUAGGAACUCGGCACUUCAUCAUAUUUGGAGUGUCUGCGGAAUAAGUGCAUAUGUGCCUUUUGGAUGGUUUUUAGUAAACAUGGCUUAUUUUUCCAAUUUCAGAGUUGGUGUACUCAUUUGGUACAAGGUGGGGUAGACUGAUUUUACCUACCAGGAAAGAAUUGGCAUGGGAAUCUGUUUUGGUAACUUCUUUCUGGGAUGUUUCCACUUUUCAGCAAGUCCCAAUCUGGACAUAAUUCUGCUUUAUUAGUUGUUCUGUGAUGCCUCCUCAGUGUUACCACAUUAUAGCCAUCUGGAGAAGCACUCUUGCAACAAAAGCUGGAUCCCCCCCAAAAAAAAUCUUCAGCAGAAAGUUACAGAACAUGCACUGAUUGGAAAUGUGGCCGCAUGUCCGCCCCAAUACUUUUGCAGGUGCCAACAGCAUUGAAAGUGAGAUCUCCCCAAUGCCAUCAUGAGCACAAAUCAUCAUGAAUAAAGAAUAAAAAGCAUAUCUGGAAAGGCCCAUAGACACGGAGACCGAUCCUGGGACCCUUUGAAUCCCAUCCCAAAUGUCUGUCUUAUGAUAACUGCCAAACCUUCAAUCACUAAAAAAGGUCCAAAAUCAAUCCUUAUGAGUGAUUUGAACCAAAAGAAAUGACAAAACGAAGGACUGAAAAAACCUCUCACUAUAUACUAACACCUUGAAAUACGUUUCUGUAUAU